AUGCAGGGUCUUGCUGGUGGCGACGGCGGCGAGCAACCAGACUUUGCCAAGAUGAUGGCCGACAUGCAAGGCUCUGCUCCCUCUGGACAGCUGCCAGAAGGCGACUCGGAUGACGAGGAGGAGUUGCCUGCGUUGUCUGAAGUCAAAGAUGACAAGUGA